GUCGCCAUUAAAAAAGAAGAAGAGAUCUAAGCGCACGCGCGAGAAUUCUUCUCUCAAAUAUGGCAAACAACAACAAGCAGCUUGCAAUCCAAGUUAUUUGUGCACUGAUUUGCAGCGAAAAAGAAAAAAAGAAAAAAAAGCGAAUAUGGAGGAGAGAAUAUUUGAAGAGACGCGGGCAGCAAGGAGUGUCAGUUCCGCAGAGAGUGUUGGAGUUGAAUGAUGAGACUGGAUGCAGGGAGCUGCUGCGGAUGACAGCGGAGGAGUUUGAGUUCCUGCUGGGGAUGGUUGGAGCCCUCAUAACCAAGCAGCACACAAAAAUGAGACGGGCAAUAUCCCCAAGAGAUCGCCUAUCUGUGACCUUGCGCUAUUUGGCAUCAGGUGAAACAUUCAGUUCCCUCAGUUUGCAAUACAGGAUUGGGGCCAGCACUAUUUCACAGAUAGUUAUGGAGACCUGUGCUGCUCUUCACCAGGUCAUGAAAAAAGACUUCCUGAAGAUGCCAUCAACAGAGGCAGAAUGGCAGACAGUAGCCCAUGACUUUGAAUCGAAAUGGCAAUUUCCACAUUGCCUAGGUGUGCUUGGUGGAAAACGGAUCUAUUUACAGCCUCCAGCAAAAACUGGCAGCCUCGACCAUAAUUACAAGGGCAGAUUCUCUGUGACAAUCAUGGCUGCUGUAGAUGCAAAUUCCAAAUUUAUCUAUGCCAGUGUAGGAACCCAAGGUAGGGUCUCUGAUGCUGGACUGUUCGCUCACUCGGACUUGUGCAAAGCGAUGGAUCAGGGUUCGCUGAAUUUUCCUCCACCUAAACAAUUGCCUAACAGUGACGUAAAGAUGCCGUACAUGUUUGUGGGUGACGAGGCAUAUCCUUUAAGGCCUGAUCUCAUGACGCCGUAUCCAUGCAAGCAGACAGACCGGAGUCAACGGGUACUGAACUACCGUCUUUCAAGGGCACGUAGAGUGGCAGAAAAUGCAUUUGGAAUUCUUGCAAACAGAUUAAGGGUUUUCAGGAACACCAUAUUUUUGGAGCCAGACAAGGUGGUUAAGAUAACUAUGGCCUCCCUAUGCAUCCAUAACUUCCUCCGUGAGCGCAGGUCUGAGGCAUAUACACCACCAGCCUUUGCAGAUUGGGAGAAUGAGGACCACAGCUUAGUUGAGGGAACCUGGAGAAAUCAAGGGACUGGGUCUUUCCAGCCGGUGGAGCAAAGAAGUGAAAGCAGUGUAUCAGUUACAGCAGAAAGCCAACGAAACCUUCUGUGUGACUAUUUUGUCUCACCUGCAGGUUGUGUUCCUUGGCAGGAGGAACACAUUUAGUAUUGUAAGGAUGUCAGAAUAGUAUUUUUGUAGUGGAGAACACUGUGUAUUUGAUUUUCUUUGUUAUUGUUUCAAAUGCAUGUAAAGAUUCUUUUUGUAACCUUUAUUUCAAACAUUACAAAAAAGUACAUAAAAUAACAGUAUAAAGUUUUAAAACUAUAGUCCUGUGCAUUACUGUACAGAUUCAAAACAUUGAUACAAGUACGCUAUUGUUUAAUAUGCACGGUCAAUGUUGAUAUUAUGUCUUUUACAGCAGUAAAAUAAUACAACCUUGAGAUCA